AUGGGGGCAAACAAUCCUGAAGGUAUGCCCGCUGAGACAUCUAUCCCUGUACACAAUGUAACUUCCAAAACAGUAUCAUCGGGAGAUCUACGCUCUCACACCUCCCUCCUCCCCAAGCCAAACCCCUGGUCGGUCCCUGCUGUCCUCAACGACCUCCCCAAUCCGCCUGCCGAGAACUCCGCUUCCCCAGUUCCUUUCUUCCAUUAUAUUGAGCGCCUCAAGAUUGAGAAGCGCGAGGGUUGGCGUCGCUUUGGCCUUACUAGAGGGGAGUCCAUAGCAGACCAUAUGUAUCGAAUGUCACUCAUCACAAUACUGGCCCCACCUGCUCUCGCGUCGAAACUGGACAUUGCAAGAUGCACCAAGAUGGCACUGAUACAUGACAUGGCGGAAGGUCUUGUUGGUGACCUGACACCUGUUGAUGGAGUGCCUAAGGUGGAGAAGAACAGGCGCGAGGCCGAGACCAUGGACUGGGUCGCGACUUCAUUGCUGGGAAAAGUUCACGGUGGUGUCAAUGGAAAGGAAAUCCGAGCAAUCUGGCAGGAGUACGAAGACAGUGAGACAAUGGAGUCAAAAUUUGUCCACGAUGUUGACAAAAUCGAGUUGAUUAUGCAGAUGGUGGAAUACGAGCGGGCCAGCAACUGUACGGUGGACCUGAGCGAGUUCAGCUGGGUAGCAACGAGGAUUGUGCUAGAUGAGAUGAAGGAGUGGGCAACAGAAAUAUUGGAGGAGAGAGAAAAGUUGUGGAAGAACAAAGGCACCGAGCCAAGAGAUCCUACUAACACGGACUACAUCAAAGGCCAGCAAGAUGAAUACUACGGCAAUGGGACUGCGACUGGGGCAAAUGGCCAUGCGAAAUGA